UGCGAGCCCUAGCACCGCCCGCCCUGCACGCUGCCCACAACAUUGGAUCUAUUGUUUUUAUGCAAAACAUACGUUGGUAACAUGAAUGUGAUUUUAUGCAUGGAUGACAGCCGUGGGACGUCAAUGGAAUUAAGAAAAUAAUAAGGGAUAACAAACGAGACUUGGUGCCAAAUCUACUGUUAUUUAUAUUUCCACAAUGAGUCAUACCUAUUUCCGAAGUUUUACAUCACGCGACAUGUCCUUGGUGCCAAUAGCUUUUGCAUUAAUAACAUACCUAUCUAGUGCUUGCGGUACAACCUUGACGCCCAAGCCUGAUACUACAGUAUCAUUGAAUAUUCACGAGGCUAUAUUUAUUCCCUCAACUGAUCAUAGUAUUAAACCAUUAACGCCAACAGAAGGUUCGGCUGAUAUUACUUUAGCAACAGAGGAAAGCGUUAAAACAACAAGAGCUUACGAUGCUACAGAGAGGCCUGUAGGCCGUUUAACGACUCAAGCGUCUCUCACAAAAGGGUUCGUGAAAAGUGCAAGAAGGCAAAAGUUAAACACUAUUUCUAGUGCACUAGAAAGCGCAGUGCAUCCCUCUGCCCGGCUUCAAAGUCGCCUCGAGGCGAUAGAUUGUGAUUUGCCCGUUCUGCCGAGAGAAUCUCGUUUAUGGAGGGGGAACGAAACACACGAAUUGAAUUUGCCUAUAACGGGGUGCGCGGGAGGAAGGGGUGGCGACGAGGAGUGCCCUCAGGUCAUCGUGUCUUGGGAGGGCUCCGCCGACAUACAGAGUGGAGACAUCCUUAUCGUCCGCAUCUCCGACUCUUUGUUGCUCGAUGUUCACAACGACUCCAACGACGCGAACUCAUCGCAACCUGCCCUCGAAAGGACACAUCACUUAGCCCUUCAGCCAGCCGUAUAUCAGGUUACUCGACAAGGACACGAGCACUGUGAUGUUUCAGAAGGAAUGCUACUUGAUAUUACUCCCUUGGAUGAGCACGCAGCGAAACUAUUUACUCUAUACGAUAAAGAUUUAACUGAAGGCGUCAAUUUGUUAAUAGUUGUAUCUGAGAAUUGGGGGUCACAAUGCGUCCGUUUGAAAGUGACCGUCAAGUCAGAUAACUGUGGCGAGUCUCAAGAUUGUUCUGGGAAAGGAGCAUGUUACACAAACAUAUCCAUGGAAGGUUACGAGUGUCAAUGCUGCCCAGGAUUUAUGGGGCCACACUGCGAAGACAGGGACGCUUGUAAUCCAUCACCAUGUUUGAAUAAUGGCAUAUGUGUCGACCUCACGCAACCUCUCAACGGAGCUAACUAUCACUGCCUAUGUCCAUAUGGCUUCACAGGUAGGAAAUGCGAAAAAGAUCCAUGUUUUUCCUCACCCUGUCUUAACGGUGGGUCGUGUAUGAGCAUGGCUAUGAAUGGUUCUACUACGUUCCAUUGCGCGUGCACAGAUGAAUGGACUGGAAUGCACUGUGAGAUGCCAUCCACGGGCGGCGCCUGCGCAGACAAGCCUUGCGUAAAAGGUUUAUGCGUUGAACAAACCGAUGAAGAGGAUGGGCCGAAGUAUCGUUGCUUCUGUGAGCCUGGGUAUACUGGAGACAAAUGUGAAUUGGAAUACAAUGAAUGCGAGUCGUCUCCUUGCGCGAACGGCGGCACUUGCACUGACCGCGUGGGAGGGUUCACUUGCGCAUGUGGACGAGGCUACAAUGGACCGACUUGCCAGUUUAAGGUGGACCUAUGCUUACCAGACCCCUGUAAUGAACACCAAUACUGCGUAGACCAUGGUAACAGCUAUACAUGUGAAUGUCCACACGGAUUCGUUGGUGAAGAGUGCCACAUACCAGCCACAUCGAUCUGCGAUAAUAACCCUUGCGCUCAUGGUGGUACCUGUUGGAGUGGAGUAGAUUCAUUUUAUUGCUCCUGCAGACCGGGAUACACAGGCCGACUAUGUGAAGAGGACUUUAUCUUGGAGCCAGUGAUAGAUGGUGACGUAGACGUUGACUCUGAAUCACAAGGAGGAGGAUCUGUGCGAGUAAUGCGGCUGCCUCUUGGCCUGUACCAUGAUCGACUCCACAACGUCUAUAUUGCGGCUGGGACCCUCGGAGCGGCGAUUGCUAUUGUCGGAGUUGUGGUAACAGCGUGUCAUUGCCGCGUGAACAAAACUUACUCUCGCCUGUUAUCCGGAUUAUCCGCACGAGUCUCCGAAGCUGGUCCUCCACACCACUGGCUCCAGGACAAACGGGAACCGAACCCCGCUCCCUUCCAACCUCCUACUUCUUUCGACACAACAGAUAUGUACUACACCCUGGACUUCAGCGAUAAUCAGAGCUCACCCCUUAUUCAAUAGCCAUUACUUAUGGACUGUUCCGAAGGGGAACGGUUCAAAAUACAAAUAUAAAUGCUUGUAGUGCGCUUGCGCUGUAAGUCAUUGUCUUAUUAUUUUAGAUGUGGAAAAUUAUUUAUUCUGACAAAAAUAUUAUUAAACAUUCAUCUUUAAUUUUAUAAACUAUAGCUAAGCAUUUAAAAAGCUUGGAAACAAUACUCUUAUCUUAGUUAAUUUUAACUCGUCCUUCUGAUAUACAGAAGGUUCACCGUAGAAUUUAUCCAAUAUCAUAUCUUGUAUUUCUGUCCUUAGACAUUUAUGUUCUUCUUAACGGAAUUGUUGUUAAAGGUGACGAAAGUAUUCAAUAUUUUGUUAGUGAAUUGUUUUAAUGCAAAGAUUUUUUCCUUAGUUUUAUAUACUGCUAUUGCAAUGUAGAUUUUAAUCUUGGCUUCAAAUGUGUAGGAAUUCAUAUCUAUAAGCAAUAAUUGUGGCUAUUUUAUGUAUUUCAAUUAGUUUCUUAGAUUAACUGUGGUAUAAUUAUAAAAUAUGUCAUGUAGCGUACAAUGUUUUUUUUGCGCGUGAUUUCAAUAGUUCUGGAAUAUAGGUGUGAUAUUAUUAAACUAUUAAUUUAUUAGUCAAUAAAUUAUAAAGAUUCGAAAAAUGUACUCUUUGACUUUUUAAUUAAAUAUUCUAUGUGUUAAAUUAAUUAAAAAGAAGUGACUGAAGUUCCUUUUGUUAUCGAGGUUAAGAUGUUUUUUUUUUCAUAAAUCUAAGUGCCUCCGAGAUACAAAGCAUUAAGGAUUUUGAUAAUCCAACGAUUAUGUAUAUUUUUAAAUUUCUACCAUUUACUAAGGAGUUUCUCGAUUUGAAAUGUUUAUGCUUUGUUAGUUUAAAUUCACUAUUAUCUUUUGAUCAUUUAUUAAGUUUUUAUAACAAGUACAUGUUGUUAUAAAAGUAUACGUAUAUUUCGCCUUAAUGCUUU